UAUAAACUUCGUGACGUUUCAGACGUGAAACUCCAGCUAGGUGGCUAAGCUACACGGUUUAUCACGAAUGCUCGAUUAUAGCGCAUUAUUGAGGGGAAAGAGUGAAAUCCUCAGCGCUAACAGUCUGCAUUAGUCUCCAAAAUGGGUCACAAAUCUCUGAAAGUGAUUAAAGCGUCCACACAGCACCAGCCUGGUUUCCGUCACUCGGCGAAGCGCUUGUGCUACAUGCUAAAAAGGACCAAAACCUUGAUUGAAGAGAUCCGCGCUUUGAUCAAGAACAACGAUGCGGAGUAUUGCUCCUUCUGGAGGCCUGUGCUCCCCUGGGGUGGCGUGUACACAAUACGGGCUGGUCAGAAAGCAGUCUCUUGCAUUCCCCUGUACGUUAAAAUCAGUCUGAAAAACACCUGCACCAUCGAUGGCUUUCUCAUGCUCCUGUACGUCAUCCUGCGGGAUAAUCAAACCUUCCGCCGGGAAGUGAGUUUGUUUUUAGGGAAGCGCUUUGUGGAGCACUUUCUCUAUCUGAUGGACUCCUACGAUUAUACCACAGUUAAGAUUUUGUGGAUCUGGGACAGGAUGUCGAAGCGUCAGUACCGCUCCGAGAUCCAUCAAGCCGCUCUGGAGAUCGAUCUUUUUGGCAACGAGCAUGAGAACUUUACCAAGAAUCUGGAGAACCUGAUGUCUACCGUUCAGGGGAGUUAUUGCACCAACUGGUGCUGUCCAUCUCGGUUCCAGGAGCUCCUUCAGAACACCAUCAAUAUCAACCCCCCACAUGAGCUUCCUGAUCGAGAUCCUAUUCAGUCUGCAGUGGACGAGUUCUUCUGUCCAAAGAUAGUCUUCUGCCAAGAAUAUGGGUGUAAAGGGCUGAGAGAGUUGUCCCAGAGAGAGUUCUGCUACGGUCCUCCUCCCUUCAUCAUCCUGAACAUGCAGAUGUGGAAAUCUGAGGACCUUUCCUACGUUCCAUACCAUUUGGCUUUGUCUGAUCACAGGUAUUCACUAGAGGGCGCCACUCUGUUCAACAGGGAGGAACAUCACUACUCUGCGGCGUUCCAAAUCGACGGCUACUGGAUGCACUACGAUGGGCUUCGGAGCGACAACUUGAUCCUAGUGAACAAACCUCCGGAGCUGCUGCUUCUCUCCUCCCUGGUUUAUGUUCGCUCUCAUGAAAAAUGACACGCACGUCCUUCAGAGCGGGUCUGUCCCAUCUCUCCUGCAGGACGGGAUCUCAUUCCAGACGAAACGGAGCCCACACCUGAUGCCAUUCAGUUUGUCUCAGCCUUCACAUGAGGGAUGGAAACCUGCUCCAGAAUCAGACAGAAGACUGGAAAUGCAUCAUCGUCGUCAUCAUGGUUAAAGUCUUUAACUCGCCUCGUUAAUGUCGUCCUGCUCAUCCUUGCUGCAUGUUGUUUAGCCAGUCAGUUAACUCACCAAUACUUUUAUUCCGAACAUUCUCUAUUAACGCAAACAUUUCAUUCGCAUUCUCGCUGUUCCUUAAUGACUCUUUAGGGAUAGCACUUAAACUGUAGCUCCUUUUUUACUCUUAAAAAAAUGCCUUAUAUAAAUAUAUACAGUACUUUUUGUAAUAAAUGCGACAAUUCGGCAAAGCCGAGUUAAACAGCUUCACUUUUUUAGGUUGUGCUUGGAAUCCAAGAAUCUGUAAACGGACUGUAAAAGUUCUAGGCCAGGAUGAGAAACCGUACGAACGUUACUUUAUAGAAGCACAGAACAGAUAAAACCUUACUUAAAGAAAAAAAAAAAUCACGUUCUUUUCUUAAAAGCAUUGUUUAAAAAAAAAAAAAACCUCACAGUGAAUCCAAACAAACAUGCAGUAAAUCAGGAGACGCUUCUGCAGUCCAGCGACGAUGAUUUAAAAACGUCAGAUGUUCUGAAUCCAGAUGUUUUACUACUCCAUGAACACAGCAGUGGUGGUCGUGUGUACAUUCCUGAGAAAGUCAGGAGUGUGACUGAGUGAUUAGUGCAAGUGACUGAUCACCACCAGAGCGAGCUGCUGCUUUGCUCGGUGUUGUACAAGUGGAGUCACAGAGAAAGCGCCGACUCGAGUCCUCAGGAAGGCGGCGUUCUGUCCUCGUUAUGAACCGAGAGUUCUAAGCUGAUGAUGUUGCUCAAAAUUCCGCAGAUGUUCUGCUUCCCUACGCAAUGUUAACGCAUGAACCCUGAAUUUGGGUGCCCUGGUUUUUUUUUUUUUUCAUUUGUUGGCACUGCUGAAUGGCAUGUGUUUCAAUUUUUUUUUUAAAUCACUUUCUCAUAUAUUACUAAAGGCUUAUUAAAUGUGUGUGUGUGUGUGUGUGUGUGUGUGUUUGAGAGCGAGAGAGAGAGAACCUGUGCAGUGAUAAAAGCCAAUGACGUGACAUGUUAAAAUCACGCCUGUAUGAAGAAAGGUUUCAGGUCCUAACCGUUUUGAUUUGGUUUACACAAAGAUGACUAUAUUUAUAAUUAUUACCUAAAUACAUUUGCACUGCCUUUUAAUAAAAUUUUAAAAAAGAACAAAAUCAA